AUGUCAUCAUCAUCAAAUUCCAUUCAAUUCUACAUCACCGAAGUCGAUUCUCGAAUCGAAAAAAAGCGCGCAGAGCUCGAAAAAACGCUCCAAAAAUCGGAAAUUGUUCGCAAGAAUUCGGAAACCAUUGCGCAUUUUGUUGGAAAGUUGGUUUUGAAAACGUUUUUUUAUGAUUUUGAAAGUGGGAAAUAAAAAAUAAAAAAAUAAAAAUAAAAAGGAAAAGUAGGGAAAAUAAUAAAUUAUUGUGAAUAAUUGAGGUUUUGUAGGUUGUUUUUCGACAUUUUUGGGAAAAAGGAAAAAUUUAAGGCUAAAUUAACGUGUAAAACUCAAAAAAACCAUGAAAAUUGUGAUUUUCGAAAAAAACGCAAAAAAUAAAAAGAAAACAACGAGACUCCGCGGUGACGUUGCAUGCGCGCGCGCGCGUCGUUUGAAAUUAUUUUAUUUUUUUCGUUUUUUUUUCGCAGCCCCCGAUUUUUUGGCUAAAACUAGGCUUGAAUUAGGCUUUCAGCCUCAAAAAUGUCCAAUUUUUUCAGAUGGCCCAACUUCGAACAUCGUGUCAAACAAUUCCAAUCACAAAUCCACGAAAUCGACGCGAAAAUCGCUGAAAAUUUGGAAAUUCUCAAAAAAACUUGGGAAUUUUCGAAAUCCGAGGAGAUUGAGCUCAACAAACUUUUUGAGGAGCUCGAAAAAUUGGCCGAGAUUCGGAAGAGCAAAGAGACGAUUUUGCUGAAAUUGGUGGAAGCUGAGGAGAAGUUGGAGGUGGAUUCUUCGGAUGAUUCGGCUUAG